UGUACAUCAAAAGCGGUGAAGUCGAAUGAUCCCGGUUUGACCUUGAGGCGGACUUCUGGGAGGCUUAGUCAUUCUUUCUUUGCGGAGAGCUUCUGCUUCAUCUUUUACAUGCCGGAAUGGAUGAGCUUUCUUUGUAUUUUUCAACCGAGAAUGAAACAUCGAAGUCCAAGUUAAGUGUAAAGUCAACUAAGUCAUUCACAAGGCCAACUAAUCUCCUGAAUGGCCAACAACAACAACGUAAAAGCUUCAGAGGUUAUAGCAAGAAAAAUAAAACUGUUGAUUCCAGCUCAGAUGAUGCCCACAGCCCAGUUCUUAACUUAAAUUUUACUCCCAACAACCGGAUGUGUAGUAGCAUCAGUUGUGGAAGUAUCUCUACAAAAAUGCCACACAUUCUUCCUCCUGAGAUAGAAGAAGGAAAUAUUGAGUAUAAACGGAAAUUAAUUGAUCCAACACCGAAUCGUUUUGAACAGCUAGUUACACAAAUGAAAUGGCGUCUUAAUGAAGGUGGUGGUAAAGCAAUUUAUAAAUUAGGUGUCGACGACAAUGGACAUGUUAGUGGAUUACGUCAGUUGGAAUUAAUUAGUUCGUUGAAAACACUUGAACGUAUGGCAAAACGUUUAAAUGCUACACUACAUCCACUUCGAGAGUGUACUAUUGAACCGACAAUAAAUUCAACAGAAAAAGAAUGUCGUCAAGCUAUUGAAAUGCUUGUUCGUCUAGCGCCGACAACGAAUGAAGGUUCACCAGAUUUAUGUGUUGCUUUGGUUGGUGGAAUGGAUUCAGGCAAAUCCACCCUAAUUGGUGUACUGACUGAUGGAGAAUUAGACAAUGCACGUGGUAAAGCACGUUUAAAUCUAUUUCGUCAUUUACAUGAAGUACAAUCUGGUCGUACAAGUAGUUUAAGUCGUGAAUUAUUAGGUUUUGAUGUCAAUGGUAAUGUUACAAAUUAUAAAUAUGCUGAUGGUAGAAUUUAUCGACGUUCAGCUGAAGAAGUGGUACGAAUAUCAAGUAACCUAUUAACAUUACUUGAUUUAGCAGGUCAUUCAAAAUAUCAACGUACAACAUUAGCUGGUAUUGCUUGUAAUCAACCAUUAAUUGGUAUAUUAGUUAUAUCUGCAACAAAUGGUUUAACUAAUAUCGGUUUAGAUCAUAUACAAUUGAUGUAUGCAUUAAAUUUACCAUUGAUUAUUGUACUGACUAAAAUUGAUCAAUUAUCCAAUGGAAUGGAACAAUAUCAACGAAUUCAACUGAUUUAUCAUCAAUUAAUCUAUCAAUUUAAACAAAUUGAAAAUGCAUGGUCAUAUGCUGGUGAUUUUCCAGUGUUGUCGCGGUCGUCGACAUCGUCUACAUUGCCAGUAACGACAACAACAGCGUUACAAACAAGUGAAUAUCAAUCAUUUUUAAAUCAAUGGAAAUUGAAUAAUAGUAUUAGAAAUGAUAACAUGGAUGAUGAUUUUAUGCCACCAUUUUUUCCUGUUUCAUCUGUCACUGGUCAAGGUAUUGAUAAUUUAAUACAUUUUUUAAGUCAAUUAAGUUGUUUAAAUCACCCGUCGAUGUCGCCAUCACCUUCUUCACCAUUGUCAUCCACCUCGAAUUUAUUUGAAUCAUUAAAUGAUAAACAUCAGAAAUAUCAACAAUUUGUAGAUUGGAACAAUAUUUCCAAUAAGAAAUCCAAUCAAUCUACUCGUAUAUUCAGUAAAAUUAUUGAACGAAUAAAUUUGAUGAAACAGUAUCAAUCGUAUAAUGGUACGCUGGUUUGGAUAAAUCAGGUGUUUACACAAAUACCCGGUGUACUGAAUCCAGUCAUAGUUGGACGUGUACAAUUUGGUCAAUUAUUUAAUUAUCAAAUUCUAUGGCUUGGACCAGAUCAAUUUGGUGAUUUUUAUCCAGUUCAAAUUGUUAGUUUAAUGCAUCAUCGUCAAUUGCACGAAAUUGUCUAUGCUGGUCAAUCAGUAUCAAUGGAAGUGUAUUUUUUACCGAAAUCAUGGAAUACUAUGAAUGAGAAACAACGUCAGUUGAUAUUGCAUAAUAUCUCUUCAUCGAUUACGUCAUCACCAGCAUCGGCAACAGCAGCACCAGCAUCGUACAGUGCAGUAAAUCAUCGUAAAAAAUCGUUGAUUUCAUUAUUUGACAAUGAUGUUGAACAUACCACUGAAAAUGAAGAGAAUAUUUCACAUGAUCAUAAUCAUGAUGUGAAUAGUUUAUCCGUGACAUCAUCAUCAUCGUCCUCAUCAUCAUCAUCAACGACAGCCAACACAGCAACAGCAGUUGAUAUUUAUCAAUUUUAUUCACCAAUUAAAAUACGUCGUGGUAUGAUUCUACUCACUUAUCCAAUGUUAUUAUCCACUUACAACACAGUAUCAACAUCGCCGGCAGCUCCAUCCGAUAGGAUCGACAGCACUACCGCCGCUGCUACUGCAUUAUCGCCACAGCCGUCACCAUCAUGGCAUGAACAAUCGUCGUCGUUAUCGUUGACAGGGAACCACCAACUACAACAUCAUGAUUCGAUUCAAUUCACUGUAGUAUGGACAGUGAAAUUACAGUUGAUGCCUCGUCGUUUACCAAUUGUUUCAUUUAAAUUAGGCAAUCCACCAGUGAUAUUAACACCGAUUCCAUUGAUUGGUCAACGUGUUAAUAUUUAUGCUGGUUGUAUAUGUCAAACUGGUAUUAUACUGGAGAGUAAUACUGAUAAUGACGAGAAUCAUAGUAGUAGUAAAUAUCAACAAUGUGAAUCUGAGCAAAAGUCUACUACUGCAACUAAUACUACUAAUCAUGAUGACGGCAGUGAUGUUAGUAAUAAGACUCAUUUAAACAAUCCCACAUAUAUUUUAUUACGUUUUACACGUCAUCCAGAAUUAGUUGAAAUCGGUCGACAAUUUAUAUUAACAUGGAAUGGAAAUUUAAAAGCUAUCGGUUAUGCAAUUGAAUUGAUUGAUCCUGUAAAACAACAACAACAAUAUUAUCAUUGUACAUUGAAUGACACUACUAAUACUACUACUGAUACUACUAAUAAUACUACUAACACUAGUAGUACUAGUAGUACUGCUAUUGCUAUAAAUGAUUCAAUGUCGAAUACAACAACAACAACCAUUGAUUCAACAAUUUGUUGGAAAAAUUAUUAUAAACAAAAUUAUUCCAUGUCAUUUAAUGAAAAAGAUCAUCAUCCUAAUGACGAUGACUGUUGGUCAUUUGAUUGUAGCAACAAUACUAGUAGUGGUGGUGGUGGUACUUUGUUUAAAUAUCAACCGAAUUCAAUCAAUGCAUUCAAUGAUCAAUGUAGCAAUUUAUCGUCAUCGUUGCCAUCAGCAACAACAACAACAACACUAGCAUCCAUGAUGGAAUGUUAUGAAGAGUUGAGUAAUCGUGAAAAUACCGAUAUGAUGAAUGAACAUUUUUUAAACAAAGUGACGUCAUCAUCAUCGAUGAUGAGGAUGAUGAAUUCAUUGUCCAAUAUGGAAUCGAUGCGACAAGAUCACAACAAUGUUGAUAUUGAUCAUAAUAACACAAACAACAUAGAAGAUAACAUUAAUGCUGAAACAAUGUCGUCAGUAACGUCAACUACGACAAGCACAACCACGACAACAACAUCGACACUGUCAAAUCAUAAAAAUAAAACGAAACGUCGACGUCAUCGUCAUCGUGGACAUCAUCGACAUAAACUGAAAAAGCAACAACAUUCAUGAAAAAACAUUGCGAAACAGAGAGAAAAGAUUUUUACAUGUACCUACCUACCUACACGUUGUUGUUGUUGUGGCUUUUUGUAUACACAUCAUCCGUCUUAGCAAGCAAGCAAACAAUUCGGUAGUAUUAUUCUUGAGUUGUUUAUUUCUCUCCCCCCUUUUUAUUUUUUAAUUAUCUGAUUCCUUUUUUUCUAAUUUAAUAUAUUGUAAUGAUUAAAAAAAAGAGAACAAUUAUCCUGUUAUUAUUCCUUUUAUUUUGUGUGUGGCAUCAAUAUCCUGCUUCCUUUGUGUGUGUAGCAUUGUGAUUGACAAGCAGUGGUGAGCAGUGAACUGGACGUGGUGAUGAAUGCGUCAGUGAGUGAGUGAGUGAAUGAAUGAGUGUUUGUGUCUCCUUCUCCUCCUCUUCUGUAAUAUUUCUUUCUCAUUUGAUUGACAUUUUAUUUCAGAAGAAUCAUUGGAUGGUCCCUUGACGUGAGUGUGUGCACGCUAUGUGCGCGUGCGCGCGCGCAUGCUGUGUGUACUACUUUCUCCAUACAAUCAAUGCAACAAUAAAAUUAGUUUCAAUUGUCAAAUAGGUAAAUAGUUCAUGAGUUAUUAGUUUAUUAGUUAGUUAGUUAAUGAGUUAAUAUAUUUAUCUGUUGGUUUUUGCUAUACUUAUUCCUGUGAACAUUGUCACAUUGUCUUUGGUCUGUUUCAACUGAAUUCAUUUUGUCUACCUAUAACUUUCAUUGUUAAACUUGUUUACAUUUCAUCGCAUCACAUCACAUUACACAAAAUGAAUGAAUUUGUAUGUAUGAUUUUGACAUUUCAUUCUUUAUUCUCUUUCUAACUCACAUAAAAUGUGAACGAGUCGUCAAUCCCAUCCAAUCCAAUCAGCCAAUCAUUUUGUGUGUCUCUGCAUGUCUGUGUCUGUGUGUGUCGGAUUUCUUUCUUCAUUUAAUUUUUAUUUUGUGUGUAUAUGUUUUAUUAUUCAGUUCUAAUUCAGUGUGUACUGACUGACGUAUACAAUUUACAACAAAAUACUUUUCUUUAUUUGACCAA